GCGCGUUACACUUUCUUUUCUCGUUCCCGGAGACACUAUAGCAACAGCCUGGGUUGAGACCCGCGGCCCCUAGACAGCGUAGAUUGGUUGAAGCUUGCAUAGCGGGUCAGGCCUUGGAAGGACCUGCCGAGAAUCCGUUGUCGCAGAACAGAGGCAGGAUAGAGCCUGCGGUGACCCGUGACACUGAGGAGUAACGAGAUGAUCCAUCAGAACUCCAGCCAAUUCCAAGGACUGAGAAGUCAGUCUGAGCUUGAACAACUCUCCAAACUGGGGCAGGAACCCAAGAAGGACCUCAGCUCAGUGGAUGAACCAGCCACGCGUGAGGGAACAGGUGUGCGGACCGAAUCCGGAGCCGCGGCAUCAGAAGAAGAGAAUGAAGACCCUGCAGCCAAUUUGUUCCCGCCUCCACUGCCCCAGCCCCGGAUCUGCAUGUGGAAGUACUUGGACAUCCAUUCCAUGCACAGGCUAGAGAAGACGGCCAACGUUGAGGAGAUGAGGGAGGUGCUGGCCAAGCUGCUGGGACUAGGCUGUCCUGAGCAGAGCCUGCGGGAUGCCAUCACCCUGGACCUGUUCUCUCAUGCACUCAUCUUCUGCCGCCAGAAAGGCUUCUCACUAGAGCAGACAUCAACAGCUUGUGCCCUGCUCCAAGAUCUUCACAAGGCCUGUAUUGAAACCUCCUUGGGCAACGUGGAGGAAUGUUACCGCUACUUCACCAGUCUUCUUUUUUGCCAUGGAGUCAGGGUGCGGCUGGAUCUGUCUUUGACCUACAUGGGGCUACAGUCACCUAAGCUCUGGCCAGAGGAUGAGACAAAGAAAGAAAGUGAGGAGGUGGAGGAGCAGCCUGUCACCCUACAAGAAGAGGAACCAGAAACAGUGGUCAAGCCACAGCAAGAGCCAAGCCAGGUCUCCAUCCUUCGAGCCUACAUCAAGAACCAGCUCAACAAGGAGCUGGGGCAGCUCCAACAACUGGUGGAGGAGCGGCUCAAAGCCAGUGAGGAAAGGCUCAGCAGCAAGUUGACCACACUAGAGCGGUCCUUCCAACCACCUCCAGGCAAAGGCAAGAAUAAGACCAAGUGACCCCCACGUUUGCCCCAAUAAAAACCUGGGCCAGACUAGGCCCCAUCCCCACCCCCCUCUGGGAUUCCCUGUCAAAGCCAGACACCAGACACAGAGCACUGACGCUCCCUGGUGUAGAUUUUAUUGUGUACACAGCACAGGCAGCACUAACAAGGACAGGCACGACAUUCUGAGUGGCUCCUUUCCACCGCACUCUGAUCUCAAAGUCUUGGCCAGCAGGGGUAUGUGUACAGGGCUGGUCUUUAUGAUAGUAUGAUCAGUGGUGGGUCUGGCCAGGCAGUAGGGCCUGAGGCCAGAGCUCAAAGGAGCUGGAAUAAUAAAAAUCCUUCUGGAGAGUCCUGCUUUCUGGGAUUCCCCAGGGGCUGAUGUGCUAACCCAGUACCAGCAUGGCCUCAUCCUCGGUCAUAGCAGCUGAGUCCCCCUCCUCUUCAGGGCCCAUGGUGGGAAAUGGUCCAGGGGGCCGGUGCUGGAAGAGGGCUGCCCGGUUCUGCUGCUCCCCCUUCUUCACCCAGUGCCCAUAGAGCCGGAAAGCACAGCUGUCAAUGAGGCGCCUCACUGGCCGCAGUGCGUAGGGAUCCCUCAACAGUGCACUCUUGUUCAGCUGCCGUGCAUUAUGGAUGCUUAAGGCCACUCGUCCAGCAGCCAACACUGUCCACACUGCCACCUGGGAACAGGGAGGAGAGUGUGAGCUCAAUGUAGCAUCCUCUGAAUGGGACAGAGAAAUAGGCCCAGACUUGACACUCUCAGGCUUACCCGAAACCGUUGUCGAGGGGUGAGGUUCCAGGGUUGGCUACCUUCACAACGCUCAAAGAAGGGGUGCUGUAGGGCUUGCUCAGCUGUCAGGCGCUCCUCAGGAUCCACCUGCAGCAGUCUCGAAAUCUAGGGGAACUCCAGAGCAUGAGGGGCAACUCUUGGGUCUCCCGCCUUGCACCCUCAUGGCCCCAGCUCACCAGGUCUUUGACUGUAUCCGAACGGUCAUCCCACUCGGGUGAACUAAACCGGUACUGGCCUUCCAUGAUCAUGCGUAACAUCAGGAUCUGACGCCGGUGCCAGAACGGUGGUGAGCCAGCCAAGAGUGUGAACAAGAUCACCCCACAGGCCCAACUGGGAAAGAGACCGAAGUCAGGCAGGACUAGGUGCUGGGUAAAUGUACGGAAGGACAAUACACAGGAAGAGGGCAGGGGAUAAAAGAAACUCACAGAUCAACCUCCUUGCCAUAGCCUGGGUGGGUUUCAUCCAUGGAGCAUUUAAGGAUCUCUGGUGCUAGAUAUCCUGGGGUCCCACACAACUCUGGGAAGAGAGCCGAGAUUGAUGGGAUGCCACCAGUUCCCUCAAGGGCCCUAACACCAGCCCUCUCCUGGAAUCUCAAAACUGCCAGGGCCUUCCUUACUGGUGUGGCUCAGCUGGCUGGACACUGUCCCACAAAGCAAGGGGUUGAAGGUUUAAAUCUCAGUUAGGGCACAUGCCUGGGCUGCAGGUUUGAUCCCUGGUUGGGGUGCAUGCGAAAGGCAACCAUUUCAUGUUUCUCACAUCAGUGCUUCUCUCCCUCUCUUUCUCUCUCUCUCCCUUCCCCUUUCUCUAAAAAUAAAUUUAUAUUAUUCAUUUGUAGAAAGAGGGAAAGGGGAAGGAGAAAGACAGGGAGAGAAACAUCAAUGUGUAGUUGCCUCUCAUGAGCCCCAUACUGGGCACCCAACCCACAACCCAGGCAUGUGCCCUGACGGGGAAUUGAACCGGUGACCCCCCCAGCUUGCAGGCCCAUGCUCAAUCCAUUGAUCCUCACCAGCCAGGACUCCAAAAAUAAAUUUAAAACAAAAAAAACGCUGCCAGGGCCAUAAGUACUCCUGUUCUGCUCCUGACUGCCUCUGCUAAGUCUCAGUACUAGCUCCUGACCCUGCUGAGCAACUCAAAUAUCUACCAAGGCUCCUGGUGGCCUUGGGAAAAAUCAAGGAAAACCUGAUUUUCGGGUUGACUUCCAGGUCCCACACAAUUAUAUCACUUGCCUCCAACCCUCUGGCCAAACCAGCCUACCCACUGCUCACACAUUACAACAUUUUUAUAUGCCUAACACACAUGGAAAACAACUUUUCUGCGUUCUUUUCUGCCCAGAUCUACUCUUCCUAUAAUCUCUACUCUGGUCAGUGGAACCACCACUCAAAAACAAAGGGGAAUAAGUGGGAGCAUGGGAUUCCUUCAAGGCACAUGCUGAGUCCCUCAUUUAAAGCCCUUCCCUAGGUCCCCAUUAUAGCCUCAGGAUCAAGGCUACUCUUACAGUACAGAGCCCUCCAUGACUUGAUCUAAGCCUAUAUUUUUAGUUUCUUAUACCAUUUCAGGUACCAAUUUCCUCCAGAAAUUUCCAAACUGUAUUCCAUGGCACACUUCCAGGAGAUCUUGAUAGGCCUAAACUGAAAAUGACUUUCUUGGGAAAUUCAUUCCUAAACCAAGUAUUUAUUGCCUACCAUGUACCGAACACCACACUGGACACACUGGUAAAUUAGAUGUGCUCUUACCAAAUUCAGUGUCUACCAGAAAGCAAAUGAAAAAUAACAGAGUAAGACAGGUGCCAUGAAGGACAUAAAGAACCAAAAGCAAGGGAUCUAACCUGACCUAGAGCUUUCAAGUGAAACCUGAACUACCCAAGCCAAGGGAGAGGGUGGAGUGAGUAAGGGCAAAGGUGAUUCCAGAAUGAGGAAAAGUGUAUGUGGAAGCCCAAAGGAAAACAAAGCACAACAUCCAUGAGACAUGUAAGUCCAGGGGAGGUGUGGUGGAAGUGAACAAAGAGGGAAAUAGGGAACAUUGGUAAUAGUGUCAACAAUAAAAAAUAAAUGAGUAGCUCUGGCUGGUGUGGCUCAGUGGAUUGAGUGUCAGCCUGCGAACCAAAGGGUUGCCUGUCUGAUUCCAAGUCAGCCCACUGCGUGGGUUGUGGGCCAGGUCCCCAGUAGGCAGUGCACAAGAGGCAACCACACAUUGAAGUUUCUCUCCCUCUUUAAAAAGAAAUAAAUCUUUAAGAACUAAAGCAUAACAUAUAAUAGAAAAACUAGUAUAUUGUAUCUCAUCAAAAACAAACAAAAAAACAAAACCCUCAAAUCUCUUUAAAAAAAGAAAAAAGACGACAGUCCACAGAAUAAGAGCGUGAGUCACAGUCGGAUUGCCCAAGUUCAAAUUCUAGCUAUAGGACCUUUGGAAAGUCACAACACAUAUAUAAAAUGGAGAUACAAAUUCUAUCUCAGAGUUGUUGAGAGGAUCCAGAGAAAUAAGCCAUGUAAAGACUCGGCAUGAAAAAAAAAAAAAAGACUCAGCAUGGUGCAAAGCUCACAGUAAGUGCCCAGUAAGUGUUAGUAUUAAUAAACUCAGUGCAAAGCCAUUGAGGGAGAGAAAGUAGCAUAUUAAGAGCUC